AUGGCAACUGUAAAUGUGACGCCGUCCGGGCCAAGUUCCUCUGAUAUGGAGUACUAUUAUCGUAAAUUGUAUCCAUUCGCAGAUAUCUAUCAUUGGUUAAAUCAUUCGAUGACCACUUCGAAAGAUAUGACUCAAAGAGAAUUCGCCAUGGCAUUUCGUUCAGGUGCAUACAAGAGAUACAAUUCGUAUAAUUCUAUUCAAGAGUUCAAACAACAAAUUGAACGUGCAAACCCUGAUAGAUUUGAAAUUGGUGCUAUUUAUAAUAAACCUCCAAAAGAACGUGAUUCUAUAUUAAAGAGUGAAAUGAAAGCAUUAGAGAAAGAAUUGGUAUUUGAUAUUGAUAUGGAUGAUUAUGAUAGUUACAGAACAUGUUGUACAGGUGCAAAAGUGUGUUCCAGAUGUUGGAAGUUUAUCACUUUGGCUAUGGAGGUCAUGAACGUUACAUUAUCCCAAGAUUUUGGUUUUAAAGAUUUUGUUUGGGUAUUCUCAGGGAGACGUGGUGCUCAUUGUUGGAUUAGUGAUAAACGUGCAAGACAAAUGGGUGAUAUUCAAAGGAGGAACAUUUUAGAUUAUGUUAAUGUAGUAAGGGAUAGAUCCAAUGAAAAGAGACUGUCUUUAAUGAGACCAUAUCAUCCUUUACUUGCUAGAUCGUUGGAUUUAUUGAAACCUCAUUUUGCUGAUAUCAUCCUUGAAGAACAAGAUCCAUGGGCAGAUGACGCUAAUGCAUUUGCUACUUUAUUGACUGCAUUACAUGAUAGAUCUUUAAUGGAUUCAUGUCGUAAAUAUUGGACAGAAAAUCCAGGAAGGUCUUCAAGACAAAAAUGGAGCGAUAUUGAUGUAUUAGCCUCUAGUGAAGUGAAAGCAAAUAAAAGACAUGAUUAUUUAAUUAAAUUGAAAGAAUGUAAAGAAGAUAUAAUCUUGCAAACUUUAUAUCCAAAGCUUGAUGUUGAAGUCACAAAACAAACAAUCCAUUUGUUGAAAGCACCAUUUUGUAUUCAUCCUGCUACUGGUAAUGUAUGUGUACCUAUUGUUGAUGGAUUUGAACCUAGCCAAGCACCAAAAUUGAUAGGGUUACAAGAAGAGAUGACAGAGCAUAAUGAUAACGUCAAAUUUACAUCUCUGCAAAAAUUCCUUGACUAUUUCGAAAAAUAUGUAAACCAAGUCAUUGAACAUAAUGUAGAUUCAGGAACAAAGAGAGAAUAUGAGGAGUUACUCAAAUAA